GUCGAGUUCAAACAUCAUUCCUUCCCACUGAGCACUGAGCCGGACUCUCUCUCUCAACGCACACACUCCCUCACAAGACGUACAAAGUCAAUUUAUUCAGCUAUCUUUUUGAGCAGAUUCAUUCCUGUGGAAAAGAAUCUCUCCUAGCCUUCCUUAACCAAUCGCGUUGAGAUACCCAAUCGUCUACACAACAGACGUACCACAGUUACAACCACUCCUUGGUUGACAAACAGAACUCGAAACAAAAACCAAUAAACAAAAUGAAGUCUUUCACACUUGCUUCUGCUUUCCUCGCCGCUGCGGCCGUUGCACAGCCCCACGGCAGCCCUCACGGAGUCCACCACCGCCGUCACCACCAGAACGACAAGCGUGAUGUCGUCACCGAGGUUGAGUGGGUUACUGAGGUCGAGUACGUUACCAAGAUGGUCGAUGCCACCACCACCGUCUGGGUCCGUCCUGAGGCCGCCACCUCUGCUCCCGCUGUAGAGGAGACCCCCGAGGCUGAGCCCACCACUGCUGCUCCCAAGAAGGAGAAGAAGCCUGCUCCUCCUCCCGCUCCUACCACCACCAUGGUUACCAGCGUCUACACUCCCCCCCCUCCUCCUCCUGAGACCACUACUGAGGCUGAGGUUGCCCCCGAGCCUACCUCUGAGGCCCCUGCUCCCGUUGAGACCACCCAGGCUCCUGCUCCCAAGCCCAUCAUCAAGGCCCCCGUUGUCAAGGCCCCCAAGAAGGAGCCUGAGCCUGAACCCACUGUUGAGGCCGAGCCUGAGAUCGAGUCCCCUGCCGUCAAGGCCCCCAUUCAGCAGGAGAAGGUUGCCAAGCCCGCAUCUGGCGGCAGCUCUGCUGCCAAGUCCGGAGAGUUCACUUACUACGACAUUGGCCAGGGUGCUUGCGGUCAGGACGACUCUGGCAAGGACGACUCUAUCAACAUUGUCGCUCUCUCUCACCUUCUGAUGGGCCCCUCCUCCAACGACAACCCCAUGUGCGGCAAGACCAUCACCAUCAAGGCCAACGGCAAGACUGCUCAGGCUACCGUUGCUGACAAGUGUAUGGGCUGUGCCAUGAACGAUAUCGAUGUCAGCCGCAAGGUCUACAUGGAGAUCUGGGGCAGCCUCGACUCUGGCCGCACUGAGGUCGAGUGGUGGUUCAACUAAGCGCUAUGACAAGCAUGCCAUGAUUUCUUGGAUCAUGAAAACACUACGAAGGAUACCCUUUUCUUACGACUUGUUCUUUUCAUGAAGCGGGAAUCUCUUAACACCCCCUAGACGGCGCUGGGGUGUACUACAACAAAAAAGGGUCUUUGACCCGGAGAUUCUGGAUGGGGUGUUUUGGUUUCUUGAGGCGGAAUCAGCCACGGUUGACAUUCGUUACUUCUAUUGUACAUAAAUUUUGAUAUGCCGUUCGGAUAGACAAACAAAACUAUGAUGAAACCCUUGAAUAGGGCCUUUCACUUUUUGGAUA